GACCACAUUAUUCCACUGUAAAUCACCUCCAGCACCUGACAGGUCGAGUUAAGAAUGGGCACCACUUUGAAUGAUAGUACAUAUAUCUAUGAUUGGGAAUAUGAAGAUGAACCUUGUGACAAAGGCAAAGUGGUCAAGUUUUCAUCCAUUGCCAUCCCUGUCUUCUUCUCUGUCGUGAUCGUCCUGAGCCUCACAGGCAACAUCCUCGUCCUUGUCAUCCUGGCCUUAUAUGAAAACCUCAAGUCUCUCACCAACGUUUUCAUCCUCAACUUGGCAAUUUCUGACCUUCUGUUCACUGCUGGGCUCCCGUUCUGGGCAGUUUACCACAUCUGGGGCUGGAUCCUGGGAGAUGUCCUUUGCAAAAUUGUGGCCUUCAUCUUCUUCACUGGUUUUUACAGCAGCAUCUUGUUCCUGACCAUCAUGACCAUCCACAGAUACCUGGCUGUGGUCCAUCCUAUUUCUGAACUCGGCUCACAGAGAUUGAGCUAUGGGGUCAUUAUAUCUGUAGUGCUGUGGAUGAUGAGUAUUGGAGCAGCCAUGCCCUCACUGCUCUACAGCUCCAUCGCCGAGAUCCACCACAAGGACAAAGAAUCUUGUGGCUGUGAAUACAAGGAUCUCUGGUGGAAAAAAUUCAGCACCUACCAACAGAAUAGCUUUUUCUUGAUCGCUUUUGCCGUGAUGACCUUCUGCUAUGUUCGAAUACUCGGGAGAAUCGUGAGAACAAGAUCCCACAUGAGGAACAGAACAGUGAAGCUAAUCUUCUGCAUUGUGGCUUUGUUCUUCCUCGGCUGGAUACCGUACAAUGUGACCAUCUUUCUGCAGUUGUUGGCCGCCCACUUGCUGCCUCCAUUUAAUGGAUGUGAAGCAGCCAUCCGGCUUGACUACGCAUUUGCCGUGAGCCGACUCAUUGCUUUCUCCCACUGCUGUCUCAACCCAGUUUUUUAUGCAUUUGUUGGGGUCAAGUUUAGGAGUCAUUUGAAGUCUGUGCUGCAUCGAAUGUUCAGCCGCCAAAGUCCAGUGGAGGAAAAUACUGUGAGAAUGACAAACAUUCACUCCAAUGGAUCAUUGUACUAGUUGCUGAGCUGCAUUUAAUGUUGCAUUUCUAUUAAUAAUUAUCCAAUUCCAGUGUGCAGUCAUGUGAAUUAACUUACACUUUGACCCUACUUUUACUCUUGAAGAGACCAAUUAGUGUG